UCUCACUUCAUCUCUUCUGUCUGCUUCAUCUCCGGUCAUAUAGGGGCGACUGUCCCCUUAUUGGUGUUGGAAGAGCAUGAAUCCCCUAUUGGCGGCGAGCAAUGCGAAUCCCGCGAAUCACAGCAACAAUAACGGUCAGGACGAUGACCAGUUCUCAGACAUCGUACCUGGUAGCAGGGAUCUUUCCGUAUCUCGAGCUCCCUCAGCAUCCGCUUCUGAAGAAGCUCCCGCUCAUCACAUCAACACUGCUUCUCAAUCUCCAGAUGAUGAAUCGGAUGACGACCUAAAUGACGAUGAUAUGCUCGAUGAGGAUGACUUGGUGUCCGGAACGCCAAAAAUGACGCCGUCAGCUAAACGGAGAGCAGAUGAGGCAUCGGCGAAAAAGGCUGCUAAGCAGCAGAGGCGAGACCAGAUCACAGAGAUUGGACGAAAGCGGACGGCAAUCGAGGAUGCCAGGCUGGCCGACUCGAUGAAGCGAUUCAAUUAUCUAUUGGGACAAACUGAGCUGUUCCAACAUUUCAUCGAUCUCAAGCGUCAACGUGAACCAGCUUUCGCCCAAAUGCUCGAUGAACAGCUUGCGAAGGCUCAAAAGGCGAAAAAGGGUACCGCUGCUGAUAAUCGACAUCGGAAGUCUGAAAAGGAAGAGGAUGAGGAAUUGCUGAAAGAGGGCGACGAGGAGGAUGAAGCGUUUGUAUUCGAGGAGAGCCCACCGUACGUCAAGGGUGGCAAGAUGAGGGAUUACCAGGUUCAAGGUCUGAAUUGGCUGGCAUCAUUGCAUCACAAUGGUAUUAACGGAAUUCUUGCCGACGAAAUGGGUCUCGGGAAAACACUGCAGGUCAUUUCUUUCCUCGGUUAUCUUCGCUUUCACCAAGGCAUCAAUGGGCCUCACUUGGUCGUUGUGCCCAAAUCCACAUUGAAUAACUGGAAUCGAGAGUUCGGUAAAUGGGUCCCGGCUUUCAAAACUGUCGUCUUACAAGGAGCCAAGGAUGAACGAAACGACUUGAUUCACAAACGCAUUCUCACGCAAGACUUUGAUAUUCUCAUCACCUCAUACGAAAUGUGCAUGAGGGAGAAGUCGACUUUGAGGAAAUUCAGUUGGGAGUACACCGUCAUCGACGAAGCCCAUCGAAUCAAAAAUGUCGACUCGCUCCUGAGUCAAAUCAUCAGGACUUUUGUCUCUCGUGGACGGCUGCUUAUUACUGGUACUCCGCUGCAGAAUAACCUCCAAGAAUUAUGGUCUCUGCUCAACUUUAUCUUACCGGACGUCUUCUCCUCAAGCGAGGACUUCGACGCAUGGUUCAAGACUAAAGACAGUUCGGAUCCUGAUGCUGUUGUCAAACAACUUCACAAGGUGUUGCGACCCUUCUUACUCCGUCGUGUCAAGGCGGAUGUCGAGCACUCGCUUUUGCCGAAGAAGGAGAUCAAUCUGUACGUUGGGAUGACGGAUAUGCAGCGCAAAUGGUAUAGGAUGUUAUUAGAAAAGGACAUUGACGCCGUCAAUGGUGCUACGGGCAAGAAGGAAGGCAAGACGCGUCUUUUGAAUAUCGUCAUGCAACUGCGAAAAUGUUGCAAUCACCCGUAUCUGUUCGAUGGAGCUGAACCGGGACCGCCAUAUACGACUGAUCAACAUCUCAUCGACAAUGCCGGAAAGAUGAUGAUUCUCGACAAACUUCUCAAAUCAAUGAAGGAGAAGGGAUCUCGAGUCCUGAUCUUUUCGCAAAUGAGUCGUGUGCUGGAUAUCCUGGAGGACUACUGUCAAUUCAGAGAUUUCAAAUACUGCAGGAUCGACGGUAACACUGCUCACGAAGACCGAAUCACUGCCAUCGAUCAGUACAACGAGCCAGGGAGCGAGAAGUUCGUCUUCUUGCUCACCACUCGAGCUGGAGGGCUGGGUAUCAACCUCGUCACAGCGGAUAUUGUCGUGCUCUUUGACAGUGAUUGGAACCCGCAAGCUGAUCUCCAAGCUAUGGACAGGGCUCAUCGGAUUGGUCAGACCAAGCAAGUCUUCGUGUUCCGUUUCAUCACCCAAGAUGCUGUCGAGGAGCGCAUUUUGGAUAGAGCGACACAGAAGCUCAAGUUGGAUCAAUUAGUCAUCCAAGAGGGGAGAGCCCAAUCUUCAGCUAAGGUUGGCAACAAUCGCGAUGAACUUCUAGACAUGAUUCAGCACGGGGCGGACAAGAUCAUCAAUACCUCUGAAAAUAUGACUAUCGACGAAGACAUUGACGAGAUCAUCAAGCGUGGAGAGGAAAAGACAGCAGAGCUUAACAGCAAAUACGCAGAUCUGGACCUGGACGCGUUGAACAAUUUCAAGUCAGAGAGUCUGGUCAACCAGUGGGAAGGCGAGGAUUUCGGCAACAAGCGCAAAAACAUGAUUUGGAUCGAGCCAGCCAAGCGAGAACGAAAGGGCAACUACUCGAUCGACCAGUACUAUCGAGACAACAUGAAAUUGACCGCUCCGAAGACGGAUAAGCCCAAGGUGCUUCGACCACCAAAGCAAGUCCAGGUCCACGACUUUCAAUUCUUCCCGCCCAGGUUGGUUGAGCUACAGACUAAGGAGUAUGAUGCGCAUCUCAAAGCUCAGAACUGGGUUGUGCCAGCACGUGAACCUGAGGAGAAUGAAACUGCAGAGGAUGUAGAGAAGGAGCGCCAAGAAGAGCAAGAGCGAAUUAACAACGCCGAAGAGCUCACGGAAGAAGAGGUCGCCGAGAAGGAGGCCUUGGCGAGUGAAGGUUUCGCAGAUUGGCGUCGUGCGCACUUUCAAAGCUUUGUCAAAGCGGUCGAGAAGCAUGGUCGGGAAGCUCUGGAGCUGGUCGCAGCGGAGAUUGCGGACAAGACUGUAGACGAUGUCAGAGAGUACUCAAAAGUCUUUUUCGAGCGAUACAAAGAGCUCGAAAACGCCGAUCGAUUGAUGGAACGAAUCGAUAUCGGCGAAGCCAAACUAAGAGAACAACAGGAGCGAAUUGAUGCUUUGCACCGAAAGGUCAAGGCUUACAAUUAUCCGAUGCAGGAGCUCAAGAUUCAGUAUGGUCAAAACAAGGGCAAAUCGUACUCUGAGGAAGAGGACAGGUUCCUUUUGGUCAGGAUGCACCAUCAUGGAAUAGAUCGUGAUGACUGCUACGAAUUGAUCAAGAGGGAUAUCGGCGAGUGGCCACUCUUUAGGUUCGAUUGGUUCUUCAAGUCUCGUACGCCCGAAGAGCUCCGACGUCGAGGAGCGACCCUCAUACUGUGUAUCAUGAAGGAUAAGGAGAAUGCCGAUGACAAAGAGUUUAAACCGAAAGGCGGCGGCGGGGGCGGAGGCGGUGGUGGUGCUGCUAAAAAGAGGACGAUUGAAGAUCUCAAAUCAGGUGCAGGUUCACGAGAUACGACACCGAGUGUACAGGGAGGUGGAGCCAAGAAGAGUAGAAAGAGUAAAGGAUGAAUGAAUGGCCUCCGAGCGUCAGGACGCGCCCAGAAGCGUCAGCCCGCCCGCAUUUGUACCAGAUUUCCCGUGUGAUUCAUUCUGCAUGUAUACAUUUUCCCAC